AGCAAACAACUGCACAUGUAUAAAGCCGCUGUUAGGACAUCAGAGCCUUCAGAGCAGAAGAUUCACCCACUUUCCAAGGAAUACUCCCAUACGGACCAGAUCCCUUCCGUUUGCCUGAAGACCUGCGAAUACUACGGCUACAGAAUGCUGUCUCUUUCUACUGUCUUCGCCUUGUGCUUAACGCUGGCCAUUGACGUUGCAUUUGCAGGAUCUGUCUUGUUCAACUCCAAUGCGAUUAAGAAUAUUCCAGGAGUAAUGAGCUCCACUCACGCCGUGAGCGUGAGCCCGGAUGAACUGACACUUGACAGCGGGACUCAGAACUUGGCCCUCGAUACUCUACAGCCUGUCCUCUGCGCCGCCGAUGAAGAAUGCUCUGAAGAUGAGUACUGCCUGGUGUCCCGCCGCGCUUGCCUCCUGUGCAAGAGACGCAGAAAGCGCUGCACCCGGGAUGCCAUGUGCUGCCCAGGCAAUCACUGUAGCAACGGUCUGUGCACGGCCAAUGAUCCCGACCUUCUGCAGCAAACUGGCAUUGAGGAGGUCCUGCUGAGCAACACAAACGAGGACAAUUUCACGGUGGAAAUGCAAGCCAAAGCCCCACAACAGGAUGUAACUCAGACUUUAAAAGGUCAAGAGGGCGAUACUUGCCUGAGGUCGUCUGACUGUUCAGAGGGCUACUGCUGCGCCCGGCACUUCUGGUCGCGGAUCUGCAAGCCGGUGCUGAGAGAGGGCCAGGUGUGCACCAAGCACAAGCGUAAGGGCAGCCACGGCCUGGAGAUCUUCCAGAGGUGCGACUGCGGAGAGGGCCUCUCCUGCCGGACGCAGAGGGGAGAGCAGCUGAACAGCAAGGCCACCCGGAGCCUCCACACGUGCCAACGGCACUGAGCUCCAGUCCCGGAACAAGUGCAUCGUGGGAUUUGGGAUCUUGAGGGGUGCCGUUUUUGAAAAGUUGAGCCUCUCCGGAAAGCUGAACUGUUUUUCGCAAUCUGAUGAACAAUAUGCUGAAGAGACUUUUAUUAUGAAAGGGAUACUCUGUUGUUUUUGUUUGGAGGAGUUGUGUUUUGUUUCGUUAUUUACUUUAUUGCAGAGUAGAUAUUAUUGUUUCAUUGGGGAACUUGAGACAUGAUCGCAGUAAAUUACUGUAUAUUGUAAAUACCAUACUGAUGUUGGCACUUAACUCUAAACUGGUCAUUUUGGGUCAAAACAGCUAUUUUCAAGAGAAGGUGCAUCAUUUGUGUGUUUGUGUGUGUGUGUGUUUUAGUAUUGUAUUUGUUUUCUGAGAACAUGUGAUUUUACAAUUAUAGAAUCUGAUAUAAAUGUCUAUUUUUAUUUUAAAUAAAGAGUGUAAAGUUUAAAUGACAUCCAAAGCAAAUGUGGUUAUUUUGUCCUCUAGUCUAUCAGUAAAAACUGGGUGAAGAUGUGUAUUUCAUAGCUUUAGAGCUCCUACACAGUCCACAACUCUAUGUGUGAGAUGAAGGACCUCUAUGAGGAAGAAUGGAAUAGUGGCCUUUAAAGGUUUACUCAGCACAGGGGGCUUGUGGGAAGCAAAGAUAAAGCCGACUUUGGACCGGAUCCGGGCCAGAUCAGGGCCAGAUGGAGUCCAGCGUGAGGCGUAAUCUUGGACAUCAUAGUGUAUCAGUCUCCACCAUGAUUAAAGUAGGGGAUAAUAUAAUAAUAGUCUGCCAGUCUAUUCAGGUACUCUUGAAAAAAUAAAUCCUAACAGGAUGAUCACAGCCCAGAAGACGCACAGCAGAUCUUUCAUUUCUAGUACAUCACCUCCUUUUAAG